ACCCCGUCUGGGAGGUCGAGACGGGCAGAUGCUGGGGACUCGGCGCCAGCGUGGGAGCCCGAACGUUCUUGGGGGAGGGAAGUUGUCAAACGGAGGCGGAGGGAAAUGAGCGGAGGCCGCCGAGAAGCGGAAGCCCCGCCCCCCCCGCCAUCGCGGCCUCGGGGUGCCGCCUCUUCCUCUCCCGUCUCCCGCCCUCCCCUGCCUUCCGGCCCUGCGGCCGGGCCUGGCCCCGCCGACCCCCUCGAAACUAUCCCCGGGCCCUUUGGGGAGAGGAGAUGCCCGGUGCCAGCUCGGGGCUGUGUCUGAAAGAAGCGGGCUAGACGCGGCUCGCGCCGGCCGGCGGGGCCUCUGGCCUUGAGGACCCUUGUUUCAGCGAUUUCCCCACCCACAGGGGAUGACAGUCUCCCCAGAGUCCAGGGCUCCCUUCAGGCUUCCCUGCAUUCUCAGGUCCUCCCUGCCCUCAGCACACCCGUCGUCGGACAAGACCGGGCUGGGGUAGGGAGACCUGGGUUGUAAUCCUGUGUUAGAAAGAGCGCAUCCCCUUUGGCCGGUGUGAGGCCUGCUAGGAAGAGCAUGAGGUUUCAGAAUUUAAAAAUGAACGAGAGAAAAUGACGUUCUCUUCAAAUACAGACUUGAGUGUGCCGCUGGACCCCAGUGAGCCUCAGUUUCCACAUCUAUAAAAAUGGCGAUGGGCUACAAGUCUCCUGUGGUCGCUGGGGCUAGAGCUUGACUCUGGAGAGAGGAAGGAAGAAUGGCAGCCUGGUGAAGAGGCAGAGAAACCUGAGGGAGCUCAGUCCUGGCAGCAACACCCCUGAGUUCCUGUGGUGAGAGGAUGUGGCCCCUGGACCCAUCCCGGAAAGAGGUGCUGAGGUUUGCGGUCAGCUGCCGGGUCCUGACUCUGGUGCUACAGGCUCUCUUCAAUGCCAUCAUCCCGGAUCACCAUGCAGAAGCCUUCUCUCCUCCUCGCCUUGCCCCCUCGGGCUCUGUGGACCAGCUCGUGGAAGGUCUUCUGGGUGGCCUGUCUCACUGGGAUGCUGAACACUUUCUGUUCAUUGCUGAGCAUGGCUACCUGUAUGAGCACAACUUCGCCUUCUUCCCUGGUUUCCCCCUGGCCCUGUUGGUGGGGACUGAAUUGCUGAGACCCCUGCGGGGGUUACUGAGCCUACGGAGUUGCCUGUUAAUCUCAGUAGCAUCGCUCAAUUCCUUGUUCUCUAUCCUGGCUGCAGUUGCACUUCACGACCUGGGCUGUCUGGUUUUGCACUGUCCCCGCCAGGCCUUUUACGGAGCACUGCUUUUCUGCCUCAGCCCUGCCAAUGUCUUCCUGGCUGCUGGUUACUCAGAAGCUUUGUUUGCCCUCCUGACAUUCGCCGCCAUGGGGCAGCUGGAAAGGGGCCGAAGCUGGACUGGUGGGCUCCUCUUUGCCCUUGCUGCUGGUGUACGCUCCAACGGGCUGGUCAGCAUUGGCUUCCUUGUGCACUCUCAGUGCCGAGGCUUUCUCUCUUCUCUCCGGGUGCUGAAUCCUCCGAGACAGCUCUUGAAGCUGAUGGGCUCUGUGUUCCUGUCUGUGCUCACGCUUGGUCUUCCCUUUGCCCUCUUUCAGUAUUAUGCCUACACCCAGUUCUGUCUGCCGGGCUCAGCCCGCUCCGUCCCUAAGCCCUUGGUGCAGUUAGCUGUGGACAAGGGCUACCGGAUUGCAGAGGGAAAUGAACCACCUUGGUGCUCCUGGGAACUUCCGCUAAUAUACAGCUAUAUCCAGGAUGUCUACUGGAAUGUUGGCUUUUUGAGAUACUAUGAGCUUAAGCAGGUGCCCAAUUUUCUGCUGGCUGCACCAGUGGCUAUACUGGUUACCUGGGGAACGUGGACAUAUGUGACCACCCACCCGUGGCUCUGCCUUACACUUGGGAUGCGAAGGAACAAGAGCGAUGAGACUCUAGAGAAGCCUGAUCCUGGAUUCCUCAGUCCUCGGGUGUUUGUGUACCUGGUUCACGCUGCAGCGCUGCUGCUAUUUGGCAGUUUGUGCAUGCACGUUCAGGUUCUCACCAGGUUUUUGGGUUCCUCCACUCCUGUUGUGUACUGGUUUCCAGCUUACUUGCUUCAGCAUCAAGAGCCACUGCUGAGAUCUCUAGAGACUGUGCCUUGGAAGCCUCUUGCAGAAGACUCCCUACCAGGACAAAAGGUCCCCAGAAACUCUAUCAUGGGACUUUUGUACAACUGGAAAACCUGUUCUCGAGUCACACGAUGCAUUCUAGGCUACUUCCUGACUUACUGGCUCCUGGGACUCCUCCUGCAUUGCAACUUCCUGCCUUGGACAUGACCUGGAGUCUCAGGGGACAGACUUGAAGCCAACUUAACCAGGAAUCUGAAAGUACAAAUAUAUAAAAACACUGCCUGCACUGCCUUGGGAUCCUUGCUCUGUCCAUUAGAACCUCUCUCUCUCUAUUUGAAGGUUGGUUAGGAGUGGGAACGGUAUGAGUGACUGGAGAUCCCCUAUGGUCCUGGCUAUGGAAAAUUUUAGAAUAGUAACUAUUUUUACAGAAAGUGAAAAAAUUAUAUUCCAGUUCUGAAGUAUACCUGGAUCUGUCUCUUCAACCAAGCACAGCAGAGAUCAUUUUAAACUUACCACUGACCCACAUGUAAUUUUGUUGUUGUUAAUCCUCACCCGAGGAUAUUUUUUAUAUAUAUAUAUUAUUGAUUUCAGAGAGGAAGGGAGAGGGAGAAAGAGAUAGAAACAUCAAUGAUGAGAGAGAACAUUGAUUGGCUGCCUCCUGCACACCCUCUACUGGGGAUCGAGCCCAGGACCCUUCAGUCUCCAGGCUGAUGUUCUGUCCACUGAACCAAAAUGGUUAGGGUUCCAUAGAUUUUUAUAGAGUGGAAGGCAGGGGAAGAGAGAGAGAAGGAUCCAUGUGAGAGAAACACAUUGAUCAGUUUCCUGCAUACGCCCCAACUGGGGCCAGGGAUCAAACCUGCAACCCAGGUGUUCGAACCUGCUACCCUUUGGUGUCGAGGGGCCGGGGGGGCAAUGCUAUAACCAUUUAGCAAACUGGCCAGAACCCACAUGUAAAUUUAAAUGUAAAUUUCAUCAGCCCUGGCUGGGUAGCUCAGUUAGGAACAUCGCCCCAAUGCACCAAGGUUACAGGUUCAAUCCCCAGUCAGAGCACAUGCAAGAAUCAAUGAGCCCUAACUGGUUUGGCUCCAUGGAUAGAGAGUUGGCCCGUGCCCUGAAGGGUCCCAGGUUCAAUUCUGGUCAAGGGCAUGUACCUUGGUUGCAGGCUCAAUCCCCAGUAGGGGGUGUGCAGGAGGAGGCAGCUGCUUGAUGUUUCUCUCUCAUCCAUGUUUCUAUCUCUUCCUCUGUAAAAAUCAAUAAAAAAAAUUUUUAAAAAUCAUCGAGUGCAUAGAUAGGUGGAAUAACAAAUCGGUGUUUCUCUUUCUCAAAAUAAAUAAAUGUAGAUUUCAUCAAAGGCUCUAGCUAAUAGGCUGAUAAUAGUCCACACAUGAUGGCAGAGGCCUGAACAGUGUCAUGGCAAUAGUAAGUAAAGUAGAACCUUCUUUUCUAAUUGGGGCAUUGUUUCUCAUGUUUUUUUUUCAUUUAUUUAUAUGAAAAGUCUUACAAAGAUAAUGCAAAUUAAACAACUUUUGGUUAAA